AACUCCCGUCCCGCCCGUCCCGCCCGUCCCGCCCGUGGCGCUGCCCCCGCCCUGCGCCGCCGGUAACCGCAGUGCGGAAUCUGCCGCGCCGAAUCGUCCGCGCCGUGCGCGCGCCCGCGGGCCGGCGGAAAGAUGGCGUCGGUGUGGGAUGAGUCGGAGGACGGCGUCGGCGAGGAGGUGCUGAAGAUGUCCACGGAGGAGAUCGUGCAGCGCACCCGCCUCCUCGACAGCGAGAUCAAGAUCAUGAAGAGUGAGGUACUGAGAGUGACCCAUGAGCUCCAGGCCAUGAAAGACAAGAUCAAAGAAAACAGUGAAAAGAUCAAAGUGAACAAAACCCUGCCCUACCUUGUCUCCAAUGUUAUUGAGCUGCUGGAUGUUGACCCAAAUGACCAGGAGGAGGAUGGAGCAAACAUUGACCUGGAUUCCCAGAGAAAGGGCAAGUGUGCUGUAAUCAAGACCUCUACACGUCAGACAUAUUUCCUGCCUGUUAUUGGGUUGGUUGAUGCUGAGAAGUUGAAACCUGGAGAUCUGGUGGGGGUGAACAAAGACUCUUACUUGAUCCUGGAGACUCUGCCUACAGAGUAUGAUUCACGGGUGAAGGCCAUGGAGGUGGAUGAGAGGCCCACCGAGCAGUACAGUGACAUCGGGGGGCUGGAUAAACAAAUCCAAGAGCUUGUGGAGGCCAUUGUCCUGCCAAUGAAUCAUAAGGAGAAAUUUGAAAAUUUGGGUAUACAGCCACCCAAAGGAGUCCUUAUGUAUGGGCCUCCAGGAACAGGGAAGACACUUCUAGCUCGAGCAUGUGCUGCCCAGACCAAGGCCACGUUCCUGAAGCUGGCAGGUCCACAACUUGUGCAGAUGUUCAUUGGCGAUGGAGCGAAGCUGGUACGUGAUGCUUUUGCUCUCGCAAAGGAAAAAGCUCCUUCCAUCAUCUUUAUUGAUGAACUAGAUGCCAUUGGCACUAAAAGGUUUGAUAGUGAGAAGGCCGGUGACCGGGAGGUGCAGAGGACCAUGCUGGAGCUGCUUAAUCAACUUGAUGGUUUCCAGCCCAACACACAAGUCAAGGUGAUUGCUGCAACCAACCGGGUUGAUAUCUUGGACCCAGCUUUGCUCCGCUCUGGACGAUUAGAUCGAAAGAUUGAGUUCCCAAUGCCUAAUGAAGAGGCCAGAGCCAGAAUUAUGCAGAUUCAUUCACGCAAAAUGAAUGUCAGCCCUGACGUGAACUAUGAGGAACUGGCUCGCUGCACAGAUGAUUUCAAUGGAGCCCAGUGCAAAGCUGUGUGUGUUGAAGCGGGGAUGAUUGCCCUCCGCCGUGGAGCUACAGAGCUCACCCACGAGGACUACAUGGAAGGAAUCCUGGAGGUUCAAGCAAAGAAAAAAGCCAAUCUGCAGUACUAUGCCUGAUCCCUGCCCAGUCAAGGUUGUGGCCUUGGCAGAGGACAGGAACAGACUGGACUGUAUCACUUACUUUCUGUCUGGAAAAAAUAAAGCAUUUUUUCCCCUUUAAAAACAAA